AGGCUCAAGGCCUUUUGUUGGACCGGCGCGACGGCCGUGCUUUUCACGGCCAUGGAGCAUCUGCCGCACUCGUUGGUUUGGCCCACGCCCUCGGAGCCCAAGCCAUUCGUCUCCAUCCACCCCUUGGCGAAGGUUGAGCUCAGCCAUUGGUUCGUAGGCUGUAUCCUCUACCCCGUGGCGGUGAGACUUUUGCAGGCGGCAUUUCUGCAUGCCACCAAGGCGCGUGCUCAGGAGAAGGGCAUCGAGCCGGUCAGGCACUUCAAGGCUGCGGCCUACUUCGUGCACGCGGUGACUUACGUGGAAGUGCUCUUCCUGGUCUGGCCCAUGACCAUCCACAUCCUGUACUGCUUCUUCCAGCCUAAGGACAUGCUGGUGGUCUUAAUGCACUCAGACUGGAGGCUCUUCCGCUGGGCCUUGGCGGUGCUGUGCGCGUUGAUGAUCGUGGACCUGGUGCAGAGCCCGCUGAGGUUGCGCAGGACCUUGCAUCAUGUGGCCGUCCUGAUUGGCAUUUGCCUCCUGAGUGGAAUCCCUUGGAUUAACCACUACGACUUGCCGCUCUUCGCCACGGCGCCGCUCUUGUACCUGAGCUUCCAGUCCCUGAAUGCGGUGGCCUAUUUCACCCUAUGCCGUUUCCACAUGCAGGGACGGUUUGUGGGCUCGUGCUGCCUGAAGUGGAUGUCAGUGUAUGUGGGGAUCAUAUCCUCCUUGGGCCAUCUGAGCAUGAUCUUCUUCUACAUUGAGUUUGUGCCCUACUUUCAGGCCUGGGCGCCCAUUUUGGUGCUGAUCUUCUUUCAACUUUGCCUGGCGUUGGAGAACGUCUAUGAGGUCUUGCGCUUGCGGCAGUUGGCGCGUCCCGGCGGUCUCAGCUUGGCCUCGGCUCCCAGCUCGAUGCACCUGCCCAGCUUGCUCAACACGGCCGACUUGGUCCGCAAGAGCUGCACCGUUUAGAGCGGCCCGUCUGGGCGGCGCGAGCGGAAAGAGGGCGCGGUGGUGGGGCUGGUGCAGUCCCGGGUGUGUGUGUAGAUGCUGUAGAUGGAGGGAAGAAGAUGGGGAGGAGUGAGAGGUAGAUGGACAGUGCAGGCCUGGGGCCGGGGGUCUCCU